GAAUCACAUACUUUUUUAUUUGUUAAAUAUGUGAUAUCCGAUAAAUGUUGUGAAGUGUUAUCAUUUAGACACUUUUAUACCAUCUGUUGAACCUAAUUUAAUUAGUUUAAUUAAGCCCAAAAUUUCUAGUCAAUUAUUCCCUGCCGAGUCUAUCUAUAUAUUGCUAAUUGUUCCAAUUCUUUUUACAUUACAAUCGAAACCAAAAUUUAUCAAGAUUACUUUAUGCUAAUUAAAUGAUAAGAACAAUACUAAACUUAUCCCAAGUGGGUAAUGAGUUCUGGCGAGACUGUGCCUAUUUUAGUUUCAGCAAACUUAGAUGAUAGGGUUUUAGUACACUGUGCUUUAAAUCAAUCUUUGGCUAGCGAUAGUUCGGCUGAAGAUAUCAGUUUAGUACCGGAUAUAGCAUUUGAACCAACCUUGGAUUCCCCCGGCAUCAACAGAGAGUCUCAACCUCUCCUAGGAGGGAUUGAUGUCUCUUAUAACCAAUUUCCAGAUGAUCCUGGGUUUAGCGAUUUGGUGUGGCAGGCCGAGGUCGCAAUUGAUAAUGGCAUUUUUCCGGAACGCAUAUCGCAAGGGUCCAGUGGUUCAUAUUUUGUUAAAAAUCCCACCGGAAAAAUCAUCGGCGUAUUUAAGCCGAAAGAUGAAGAACCUUACGGUCGGCUAAAUCCAAAGUGGACAAAGUGGAUGCAUAAGUUGUGCUGUCCCUGUUGUUUUGGUCGGUCGUGUUUAAUUCCGAAUCAGGGGUACUUGUCGGAAGCGGCCGCGUAUCUAGUUGAUGCAAAGCUAAGCCUUCGUGUCGUACCUAAAACCAAAGUAGUUAAGCUUGUAUCGGAAACUUUCCAUUAUCCUCGCAUUGAUAGACAGAAAGCCAGAAUGAAGCGGGCCAUUAUGGAACAAUUUCCGAAUGUUGGCCUGCGGUUUAACAGGAUAGGGCUUCCACCAAAGACCGGUUCUCUUCAACUCUUCGUUGAUGGUUACAAAGAUGCGGACUACUGGCUGAGACGAUUCGAAGUGGAACCUCUACCAACACGCAUGUCUCAAAAAUUCCAACAUCAAUUCGAACGUUUGGUCGUGUUAGAUUACAUUAUUCGAAAUACAGAUCGGGGCAACGAUAACUGGCUAGUAAAAUACGAUCAACCGGCCAUUCUGGCGAACGGUUCGGUGCAAAACGAAACUCCGGACGCCGUGGAUUGGAAUUUGGUGCAACUGCCUGAAAUUAAUAUUGCCGCAAUCGAUAACGGUCUAGCAUUCCCCUACAAACAUCCCGAUAGCUGGCGAGCGUACCCGUACCAUUGGGCCUGGUUGCCUCAAGCUAAAAUUCCAUUUAGUCACGAAACGAGAGAGCUUGUGUUACCAUUACUAGGCGAUAUGAAUUUUGUGCAAGAUUUAUGUGAUGAUUUGUAUUUACUUUUUAAGCAGGACAAGGGUUUUGAUAGGGGGUUAUUUGAGAGACAAAUGUCUGUGAUGCGAGGGCAAAUUUUGAAUUUAACGCAAGCAUUAAAAGACGGAAAAUCGCCCGUCCAGCUUGUACAAAUGCCCGCAGUUGUUGUGGAAAAACGAGUGGAAAAACAUCAAGGUCAACAUACGAAUCGAUUUCUUAGUUUUACACAGCGUUUUCAAGACAAGAGCCCAUUCUUCUCCUGGUGUUAAUGUUUUUUAUUUUUAUUGUACAUAUUUAAUAUUGCAAGAUAUAUACAAUAACCUUUAUUUAAAUAUAUCUAUAAUUCUAAACAAUAAA